AUGUUGAACAGGCUUGCAGCAUGGGUGGUGAACAAUUACAUUGGGGAGUAUGUGGAGAAUUUAAAUCGGGACAGUGUCUAUGUCGGCUUGUUGGCAGGUGCUGUUCAACUUGAUGAUCUCAUUUUAAAGAAAGAUGUUUUCAAUCAAUUUGGCUUGCCUCUUCAACUCAAAAAAGGAUCCAUUCGGAAGAUAAGUCUUAAAAUUCCGAUGACCCGGAUCCACAGUGAACCAUGGGUAAUUACUAUUGAGGGUGUAAAUAUCAUUGUGGAGCCCAUGAAACAUGCAGACUGUGAUAAAAUAGAACGGAAAAAACUCUACCACAGCAAAAAGCAAUUUGCACUUGACACUGUUGAUGAUAUGCUGAAGCAAUCUGGGAAAGUGAAAGGAGCAUCUGGUUCAUGGCUCGUCACACUCACAUCAAUAGCAAGUAACAUCCUAGAAAAUUUGCAGCUUCGUGUCAAUGAUGUUCACAUACGUUAUGAAGACAAUGAAAUGAAUCCCUCUUGUCCAUUUGCUGUUGGUGUAGAUAUUGACAGUUUAAUUGCUCAAAGUACCGAUGAAAACUGGAAACCAUGCUUUGUUUAUCGUGACAACACGGAUAUGAUGUUUAAACUGGUUGAAUUGAACAAACUGUCUCUUUAUUUUGACACCAAUGCUCAAAUGGUGGGAGAUCUGACCAUGACAGAAAUUGUUGAGCUUCUGCAAAGUAAAAAGAGUCUACGAAAUGGAUACGAGAGUCAUGAUUACACUUUGUUUCCGACCAAUGCCAGGGCUCAUAUAAAAAGAAAUACCAGUGAGAAACCCUUAAAAUCAGCAAGCAUGCCACGGGUCAGCAUUGAUAUUACCAUCGAAGAAGUGGCUGUGUCACUUUCCAAUGUUCAGUACAAGUUGCUUGUUUAUUGGACACGAGAGCUGGACAAACAAGAUCGGCUCUAUCGAUGUUUGAAGUGGAGACCAGAUGUCAGUGUUAAAGAAAGCCCCAAGCAAUGGUGGGACUAUGCAAUUACUGCUCAUCUUUUCUUUAUGAGUGGCCGGCCCCGGGAUUUCUCCUUGAAAAAGUCUGUCCAAAGAGCUCGUGAUAUUAUUAAUUACUAUAAAGCUUACUGUGCUUAUCUUGGCCAGACAAGUUCUCCAACCAUGCUAGAACACCAAAAGAAGAUGGAAGAUGAAUUGAACAUUGAAGAAAUUAAAGUUUUGCGAUUGCUUGCUUUUGAUACUGUCAGCAAAGAAACAAAAGAGAAUACAGCAAAGACCAGCACCCCGGUGACACCUACUCCAGAAGAGUACAAGACUGGUUAUUUGCAGGGCUGGUUGUCUUGGGCAGUUGGCACUUCAGAGCCUUUAUCUCCUGAAACCCUUCCAGAAGGCUCGGAAGAACCAUCGUCUUCUGAAGAAGCAUCUCAGGAAAGAGUUGACUUGGAAAAAGAACUGAUGGAUAUUAUGAACAAAGCAAUGGAUAGUGACACAUUUUACAAGAGAGAUAAAGUAUUUGCCACUUUGAAUUUCUGUCUCCAAAAAGGUUCCUUGAAACUCCUCACCAGCACUGAACAUGAGAGCACCGUUCGAGAUAUGUUGGUUGCUGAGUGCAAUGAUGUAAAUAUACAAGUAGAGGCACGACCACAAGUUGGUGCAUACAAAUUUUGCAUCAGUUUGGGAAUAUUUGAACUCCAAGACAGGCUUACCAAAGAAUCCUGUUUUCCACAUCUCAUAUUACCCAACCCAAAGGCAAUAUCCUACACAUUCCGUCGUAUGCGUUUUGGCAAGCCUAUUGCUAAAACGACCACCAUUCAGGAGAUACCUACUGCUGAAUCGGGGAUUGACCCAAAGGAUAAAAUCUUUGAACUAACUUUUGAAAAGAAUCCCGCUAACAGUUCCAGAGUUUACAGGAUCUAUGUGAAAACUCAGUCCAUAGCAAUCAUCUGUAACCCUUAUACAGUAAAAGAACUGAAAGACUUCUUAUCUGUGUCACAAUCAGGAUUUGGCUGCCAAGAUACAGGACAAACCCUCACUGAUGCUGCUUACAAAAAAUAUCAGAACUUAAAGUUCCAUACCAAAACUGAACUACAGAAUCGAUGGAGAGAACUUCUCCAAGGCAAAAAAGUACCACAGAAAAAUCGAAUUGAAAUCAAAUUAGAUAUUGCUGCACCUAAAAUCAUUGUUCCUGAGUCUUUCUUUGAUCAAAACACAACAAUGGUGGUUUUUGACUUGGGAUACCUCAGUUUUCAGAAUGCCCAGCCAGGUAACUUCAAUCAGAUAUCACCUGAUUCUGAAGACCAAGAUGAGGAAUUUUUGACACCAUCACAGUCACCAGUAAAUGAACCUGAUGUCCCAGUGGCGGUUGAAAUAGCUGUACCUCAACAACUAAGUACAGAAAGUAUGGAUGAAAGCUUUUAUGAGAAAUACAAAGUUGUAUUAGAAGACAUGCAGGUUUUAAUUGGCCAAACACAUGAUAACUGGAAAGCUGCUCAUUCACGAGGCAAUAGCAGAGUUCAUCUGCUUGACAAAUUCAGCAUUGAACUACUACUAGAACGUCGACUUGUAUUCACUACUGAUCCUGAAUGGCCUUCAGCCAAAUUGUCUGGAACUUUACCUUCACUGACGAUUCAUGCUGACCAAAGAAAGAUUAAAGCCUUAUGUACUUGCAUGGCUCAGUUGAAUACUUUACAGAAGACUAGCAAGCCAAAGUUGAAAAGUUCUGUUAGUGUUUACCAAAGCCUUGAGACAGAACCAGUAGAUCUGGGUGUGCCUAGUGCCUCACUCCUUAAUUUGGUGACUGAAAAGGAUAAUGAAAAAGACAAGCAAGAUCAGCAAAAGUUGGAGAGUUCAGUGCUCUUGGUAUCAGAGUUUUCAGUCAAUAAACUCUCUUUGGAAAUCAACAGUCGGGGACGCCCAAUUACAGAGCUACAAGUUGAUCAUGUGCAAAGCAAGCUUGUCAAGAUGUCAAAAGAAGCAACAAUUACCCUUACUGUUCACAGUCUAAGUGAUAUGCGUGAGGAAGGGGGAACUGAACCCUCACAAGAAGGUGAAGCUUUGAUAACCUUGCAUAUUCAGUUCAUAGCUAGUAACAGCCCAAACAAUCCAACCAAUGAAAAAGUUGGCAAAGCUGACAUCCAAUUUAACAGUCUUGAUGUUAUCGCAAACCAAGAAACACUCACAGAGAUCAUGUCCUUCUUUCAUAGUACAAUGAAAGAAGUUACAAAAUACACAGCAAAAUGCGGUAAGGAAUCUGCAACAGCAAACCAAGGAGAUCAACAGAAACCUACAGAUUCUCGAAAGCAACCCAAUUCAGUGUCAAAGAGUAUUUCUCAUAUGUGUAUUGGCAUGACUGCAGACUUCCAUCGUUUAAACAUCCUUUUAGUGAGGCUAGAGGACUCAGAAACUGGGCGUAGUGCCAAAAAGGUGGCCACUGUUACGAUGUCAAAUGCCCAGAUUAAUGCUCGUCUUAGUGAAAAGCUUGAAGUUGCUGGAUCAUUAGAAGGCUUCCACAUUGUGAAUAUAACAGCAGAAGCUCAUCGGCAUCAGUACAUUUUGCAAGUGGGCAAAUUGUCUGCAUUACCUAGCUUCUCCAGCACCCAUGAUAUGGUACACCUAUAUACAACAACUGCAGCAGCAGGCACAUCAGGAGGUGCAUCAGAUACACAGGAAAGUGGCAGAGAUAACACAGGUGGCAGCAGUUAUGCCUUGACAUUUCAACUGGAAAGAUAUCUUGACCGUUCAAACCCUCUGUCCAGUUCUUUUCCUAACCUGCCUCUAAACGAUAGCCUCAUAUAUAAAUCAAUUACUAUGUCCAAGCAAGAUGUAAUGGUACAAAUUCGCAUGGCAUCAGUUUGCUAUAUCCAUUCCCCACUCUUCUUGCGGGAGCUGACUGAAUGUCUCUCUGACUUUAAGGACUAUACUUACAAUGUAGCCUCCUCAAUCAAACAUGCUGCUAAAGAGGUUGCACGAGGACUGGUGGCUAAACGCACAGACACUAUUUCUGGUGGGACUGGUCUAGAACAUUCUCCACACAAUUUACGAAAGUCACAGAGUCAAUCCCUUGAAAUGAAUGACUUUUUCCCACCUGAUCUCUCAUUCAGUGAGGACAUGUGGGUUCCUGGCACAGGAGCACCUGCUACAGAGGAGCCUGAAUUGCAUAUAACUAUAGACAUGCGUGUUGAUACGCCUAUUGUUUUCCUACCUCGCAAACAGACCAGCUCGGAGGUGUUGAUGGCUUGUCUUGGUGAGAUUUCUAUUGAGAACAUGAUGGGUUACAUGAGAGACAUAAAAGAUGUGAAAGACCAGAUCAAUAUCCGAGUGGAUAAGAUGAGUCUGUAUGCAGUCAACCUCAGCACAUUCAAUAUUUAUGAGCGUGUUUUCAACUGGCGGGGUCUUGAUAUCGAGCAGCUGUUCAGUGAUGAGAUGUUCUGCAAAUGUAGCCCUGUGCUUUACGACACAAACCUGGAAAUAACUAUUCAUGUGCUCGAGUUUGACAUUACCCGGCCACCAACUAUGGCAGAAUCAUCACCACUCCAUCCUCAGCCCGAGUCUCACUCUACAGUACCUGAAGAGAAUCUUUGUUCACAACCUGCUUCUAGUCAGAGUAGUUCAUUACCUCACUCGUUCUCAUCUGGAGAACGUGGUGGCAAGGAUGUUCCCUCCCAGCCGGUACCUCAACCGUCUAUUUCUGUCAGUAUUGUGAUGGCCACUCCUUGCAAGUUGGUGGUUUCAAAGCCAGUGUAUGAGCAAAUCCUUGAGACACGACAUAACUUGACACUGGGUAGUGUAGAGGAUGAUUCUGUUUCGUUUUCUUUGUAUAGUGAAACUGAUGCUGACGGAGCUCCAAUUCCAGGUAUAUCUGUUCUGAAGCUAGAUUCCUCCAGUGAAUCAGAUGUCAGUAAGAUAACUCGUACAGCCAGCAGCGAUUCUUCCCAUUCAACUAAAACAAUUCCUGCAAGUCUUCCCAUGGAGGCACGUUUUGAGGUGCCUAUAUUUAGCAUUGAGAUGUGUGGAGAUUUUGGUCCUGAUUCUCAAAAGGGCCUUGUUGACCUCAGUCUUCAAGAUUUGGUUCUUGUUUAUCACCGUGCUGGAAACUAUGUUUCUUCCUUUGAUCUCUCUCUCAAGUCACUGACCAUGGAGGACUUGCUUCAGAAAAAGGACUCUAAACAUCGCUAUCUCAUGUUGUCAUCUCAAAAAGAAGAUCCUGAACCAAAGGAUGAGAACUAUUUUUUAUUUUCUCACUUUUUUAUGGUCUUAAUUUCUUGCCACUUAUUCCUCCUCCUUCCUUUCUUGCCACUUAUUCCUCCUCCUUCCUUUCUUGCCACUUAUUCCUCCUCCUUCCUUUCUUGCCACUUAUUCCUCCUCCUUCCUUUCUUGCCACUUAUUCCUCCUCCUUCCUUUCUUGCCACUUAUUCCUCCUCCUUCCUUUCUUGCCACUUAUUCCUCCUCCUUCCUUUCUUGCCACUUUUAUUCCUCCUCCUUCCUUUCUUGCCACUUUUCCUCCUCCUUCCUUUCUUGCCACUUAUUCCUCCUCCUUCCUUUCUUGCCACUUAUUCCUCCUCCUUCCUUUCUUGCCACUUAUUCCUCCUCCUUCCUUUCUUGCCACUUAUUCCUCCUCCUUCCUUUCUUGCCAUUUCCUCCUCCUUCCUUUCUUGCCACUUAUUCCUCCUCCUUCCUUUCUUGCCACUUAUUCCUCCUCCUUCCUUUCUUGCCACUUAUUCCUCCUCCUUCCUUUCUUGCCACUUAUUCCUCCUGAUCCUCCUUCUGCUUAUUUUCUCACCAUCUUCUUUCUUUCACAUUUCUUCUUAUCCUUUUUAUUACACUAUUCUUUUUUUUAUUUUCUUUAUAUCAAAAUUAGUUCAUUAUUGA